CCCCACCCCCCAUCCCAUUCGCCCCAUAUGGUUCACUCCCUCCGCAAGUGAGUGUCCCGGGCGUAGCCACCUAGUCCAGCCAGGAGCGCAGCGCCACUGCCCUAAGGAACCCACGCGUAGUCGGAGCUAUCGCCGAGACUGCAGCUGGACCGUCAGUCCAAGCACCCAGGACCUCGAGCAACCCGCCCCCGUCCCUCCCGGCCUUAACGAGCAGAGCCGCUACCCCCUCUAAACUCCAGGAACCCCGCAACCCCUAUGAGAGAGGGCGGCGCCGAGUCAAGGAGCAGGACGCCCGGCAGCCCGACUCCCCCGCAAGCGCAAGGCGCCCGCUCGGUGUCGCCACCGCUAUCACCCGGGAAGCCGGAUGCCAGCGCCGCGCGUCGGCUGAGAAGGGGACAGGGCCGGCUUCGCCCGCUCGCCCGGAAUCCUGUCUCCGCAGCAGCGACUGCGUGUCCCAGCCGGGGCCCCGCCGGCCCGGGAGUGAGCCGCAGCGGCAGGAGGACAGAAGCGGCCGGCCAGGGUUGGCCGGGGCCGGGAAAGGAAGGACGGAGAGGGAGGAGGACACAGGGGGCGGGGAGGGGACCCCGGAGGAGAGAGAUGGCAAUGUCUCUCAUCCAAGCGUGCCGCAGUCUGGCUCUCUCAACAUGGCUGCUUUCCUUUUGUUUCGUGCAUCUGCUCUGCCUGGACUUCACCGUGGCGGAGAAGGAGGAAUGGUACACCGCCUUCGUGAACAUCACCUAUGCCGAGCCCGAGCCCGGGGCCGCGGUGGCCGGCGGCGGUGGCGGCGCAGAGCUGCAUACGGAGAAGACAGAGUGCGGACGGUACGGCGAGCACUCGCCCAAGCAGGACGCGCGCGGGGAGGUGGUCAUGGCCAGCUCGGCCCACGACCGCCUGGCUUGCGACCCCAACACCAAGUUCGCCGCUCCAGCCCACGGCAAGCACUGGAUAGCCCUCAUCCCCAAGGGCAACUGCACCUACAGGGAUAAGAUCCGGAACGCGUUCCUGCAGAAUGCCUCGGCCGUGGUCAUCUUCAAUGUGGGCUCCAACACCAACGAGACCAUCACCAUGCCCCACGCAGGUGUGGAAGACAUCGUGGCUAUAAUGAUCCCUGAGCCCAAAGGGAAGGAGAUAGUAAGCCUGCUGGAGAGGAACAUCACCGUGACCAUGUACAUCACCAUCGGAACCCGGAACUUGCAGAAAUACGUGAGCCGCACCUCAGUUGUGUUUGUCUCCAUCUCCUUCAUUGUCCUGAUGAUCAUUUCCCUCGCGUGGCUGGUCUUUUAUUACAUCCAGAGGUUCCGAUAUGCAAACGCCAGGGACAGGAACCAGCGCCGACUGGGAGAUGCAGCAAAGAAAGCCAUCAGCAAGCUCCAGGUCAGGACCAUCAGGAAGGGAGACAAGGAAACCGAGUCUGAUUUUGAUAAUUGUGCAGUCUGCAUCGAAGGGUACAAGCCCAACGAUGUGGUCAGGAUCCUGCCCUGCCGGCAUCUUUUCCACAAGUCCUGUGUUGACCCCUGGCUUCUAGACCAUCGCACCUGCCCCAUGUGCAAGAUGAACAUUCUUAAAGCCCUAGGGAUCCCGCCCAAUGCUGACUGCAUGGACGACUUGCCCAUUGAUUUUGAAGGCUCUCUAGGAGGCCCACCAACCAAUCAGAUCACUGGCGCCAGCGACACAACAGUAAAUGAAAGUUCAGUCACUUUGGACCCUGCUGUAAGGACAGUGGGAGCCCUGCAGGUGGUCCAGGACCCAGACCCUAUGCCCCAGGAGGGAGAAGCCAUCUUUACAAGUAACAGUGAUCAAGAGCCAGCUGUUGUGAGCAGCGACUCCGACAUCUCGUUGAUUAUGGCACUGGAAGUGGGACUGUCUGAUGUAGAACUCUCCACUGACCAAGACUACGAAGAGGUGAAAUCCUGAAACGGCAGAAACAGACAAAAGAAAACCCGGGACCCAGGGGGGGCCGGAAGGAAGCAUGCUCCGGGACUUGAACUGGAUACAUAGUCUUCAGCCCAUCGUGGCAGCCCCAGGGCACUCUGUUCAAGGGUGGUAACUGAAAGCAAUAUCCAAAGUUUCCAGAGUCAGGAUGCGGGUUCCCAUCUCUGCAACAACCGUGGCCUUGGUGUGGAAGCUGAAAGCUGGAUACCUCCGCGUCUGCGCAUCACGCUGCUGGAGGUGCGGCUUGCAGACUGGGAGGAGUAAGGCUUCCUUCAGCUUCUCCCAUCUUCCUGUUCCUGUUCGGAGAAGAUGGCUUCAUUCCCCUGGUGAUUUCUUUUUAAAGAUGACGUGUAGUUCACAUCUGUUCCUUCGUUUUCCCUUUGAUUCACUCCAGCCCAUGUGCGGAGAGGUCUGUUUAGAGGUCCUGGCUGCUGCUCCAACGAUUGGUUUGCACGGCACCUCUAAGGUAUUCUGGUAAUGAGGUCUCGGAGUGAAGUGUGCAUGACUUCGAGAAUUGCCCCAGCACCAUGAAGUAAGUGGUGGAAGGCCAGAGUUCAUCAAAUGUCUAACGCCAUCCUCUGAGUGGGUCUUCACGAGACAGCGACACUAAGUUCUGAAUCUGCUGAGUCUGUUGCUCGCUGGUUGUGUUCACCUACAUCAUGCGGGCCCCCUCUUGCCAUGCUCCGUCCGGGGCCACCAUCGCAGAGAGGACUAUCAGGGAGAAGGGUGGUUCCUCAGACUUCAGGGUCCUAGUCUAAAAUCAGAAGUCCCCCGCAGGGCACGAAGGCCAGUGCUCAGAGUAUGAGGAACUAUAAGCCUAGUUAAAAAAAAAACCCGAUAUCCCAUCUUCCCAGAACAAGGAAGAUGCAUGUCCUCCUGGUUAUCCCCAAGGCCUCAGCAGUUUACCAACUAUGUAAGUGAGUUCUGUGGGACCAGGCUAUAGAAAAGAUGCACUCAUAUUUUUUAGGUCACUGGCAUCCAGGUGUGAGCUUACUUCCGGUUCAGUUCCUCACCAGCCGACAUGGAAAGCUCUAAAUAAAUCCUUAGCAGUUUGCAGCUCGGGGUUCCUGAGAGCAAUCCUGGUACCAAGAUGGGAUAUGAUUUGAUAAGGUGUGACCCAAAAAGUAUAUCGUGGGGCAAUUGCUGAGUUGUGAGAAAGAAAUAAGAUAAGAAGGAAAAAAAAGUAACCAAUGACUAUCAAACUCCACCUGUGCUAUAAAGUGAUUUGUGAUUUUGUUCUUUUUGAUUGUUUGUUUGUUUGUUUGUUUGAAACAAUGAGGAAAGUGUUCUGUUUCCCAAGUGGACAGUUUGGUGAUACACCGGGUGACCAGGAGGCUCUCCUUGUCAUCUCUGGCAGCUGGCAAGGUCACACAGAGAAGGGAUUAACCAGGGACACAAGCUCUUCCCACUGAGCUGUAUUUAUGGAUAUGGUUUGGGCUUUUCCACCUCAUUACGCUUAAUACUCAUUCAAGCAGGGCUUGGUUAAGCUGCAAAUCCUUGCUGCCCACUGGAAUUUUGAGUCCGGGGCAGCGGAGUUCUCCAUGGCUUUUCCUAGCUCCCUUUAAUGAGUUCCUGUCUGGCGGUGUCUGAGCACACAGCACAGCAAGGAGAACAGAGCAACCGUCAGAAAGGAACUCUUCUGUCUCGGGUCCUGCACGUCCCAUAAUUAAUUCCAGCCUCCUCCAACGGCUGAGAAUAUCAAUGGCAAGGGGGUAUGCAGGCGAGCACGGAAGCAGGCUCUGGAAAACGAGGGAUCUAGCAGGUGCGGCCCACGGUUCCCUGUCUUUUGCACUACUCCAGUGGGAGCUGUUUGUUAACAGUUGUGUCAUGCAGCGAGUUUUGAUAUUGUCAAAAAAAAAACCUAGGGCAAUUCAACAGCAAAGGAAAUAUAAAUUAUAUGCCAUGUCCAAGGAGAAAAGGGGUUGGUGGGCUUUUCCCUGUGUGUUUGGAGGGUGUUUUCCAGCCAACGGUCAGGUAAACAUCUGAUUACACAGCAAGCCCCUGACCUGAUGACCUAUAGGAUGCUGAAUGGAUGAUGAAGGGUCCAACAGGUCCAUCCUCCUUACCAUAGCCUUUCUGGUACCUUCUACAACAGACUCUGACCUGGGGGCCCAGUGAUCCACGCAUGGCUGUGCAGCCCAGAAAUGCAAACCGAGUAGGUAUUUACAGGCAUGCUGUUUUCGGUAGCAAGUUUCUGCACCAAUUCCAUCCAACAGAAAUACAGCCCAAGUCACAUAUAUAUUUUUUAAAAUUUCCAUUACCCACAUUUUAAGAAGCAAAGGAGAAACAGGUGAAAAUAAUUUACUAAUAUUUUUAUUUAACCCAAUAUUAUUGUUUCAACAUGCAAUUGAUGUGGAAAGUGUUAAGGAAACAUUUUCUUCUCCUUUUUAAUAUAUCUUCUACAUCCAUUGUGUCUUUUAUACCCACAAGACAUCUCAGUUUUUACUAGCCACAGCUUGAGCUUUCGGUAGCCACGUGUGCCUAGUGGCCACCAGCUGGACAGCACAGCCCCAGAGGUACACUCCAGAAUCCUCACAGGUAUUCCUGGCUCUGAACGGAGAGAACAGAGAUGAUGACCUCAGCUGUCACAGGGAGGGCAAGACUCCAUCCAAGCCACCUAAGGAGAGGGCCAGGGGUACACUUGGUUCAUAAUGAAUAUUGCUUCAAAUAGCCUUUACCAAUUUUCUGCUUGAACUUUCCAAGCAAUAGUUUCCACUAUCAUCAACUGCUACUUCUCUGACAAGUUGUUUGUUAACAACAACAGGCCAACCAACCAUGUUGAUUUGGUGCUUAACUGAAAUUGUACCCCUCACUUCUAAGAGCCCUUGAGACUCAUGUGUGACACUUAGCCAAAGAGAAUUUACCUCAACCCCUAGUUCUUCCUCCUUGGGGCUGCCCAGUUCUAGAGAACUAAAAGUCAGAGAUCUGAGGAGAGGCCCAGGGAACUGCAUACUGACCCCAGAUAUACGAGCAUGCAGCCUUGCGAUGAGGGGAAUCUUGGAGGCUUGUGACCACCAGCUCGGGGAAUGGCCAGCCACUUUCUGUUGAGCAUCACCCAUCAUGCAUAGGCUGUGGGAGGAAAAGAGCCUUGAAUUCCUUCAGAGUUGCUUUCAGGACGGCUUCCUCCAAUGUGCUCAGUCAUCCUGGAAGAGCCAAUGCCUCAUAAAUACAGCAUUUGAAUACAGACUAGCCCCUAGGGUUUGGUUGUGCCUUCAAUGUCACUUCUGGUCACACAAAACCAAGGGAGAGAAGCAGUGUAGAGAAAAUAGAUAAUAAAUGUAACAGAGGUACCUAGCUAACUCAACACUGCAUGUAACAUCCUGCCCAUGGAAACAAGUCUCUGUCCAAAGAAAGUUUUGUAUUAUUAUUUUUGCUUUGUAUUUCUCUCAUCUGUGGGAGUUCAUAGGUCUUGCUAUGGUUCUAUUAAGAGUGGCUGUGUCCAGUAGCCAUUUCUGUUACAGUGCAGACAUCCCUGGAGCUACCACACUUCCAGAAUCAUAAAGGAUGGCAGAUAGUCUGACUAGGAUUCAUUGUUAGAAACUUAGUUGGUAUGAAAUAAACUAUAGAACAUAAGAAUUUAAUGGCAUCUAGUUGUCCACUGAAUGAAUAGCCUCAGCUGACCAUGAAAAUUACCAAAUAAAAGCUUUCAGAAAUUUUAGGAAAUAGUGUCACACCCCAUAUGAAGACAGGACCUAGCCUUCUGCAGUACGGAGGCCACUGAGGUGAUGUCCUGUAGCAGUCUUAACAUCCUGUGUUUCUUUUGUGCUUUCCUGUGUUUUUGACAGCCUGGUUUGUGUGUGUGUGUGUGUGUGUGUGUGUGUGUGUGUGUGUGUGUAUGUGCACACAUGUGCUCAUACGUGCAUACACCUUCCCUAUCUUCCCUCUCAUUUCCUUUUCUUCCUAUUUCCUACAAGGAAUUCCCAGUAAUGGCCACUUGCUGCUGCUCCCUUUCCUGGGUCUGGCUAAACUCUAACAAGGUUACAGUCCCAGAACGCUGUGGAGACCUGCUGUCUCCCAUGGUCAGACUCUACAGCCUUCUAGUUCACACAACCCUGGAGCAGGAUCUGUGGCUCCUAUGUCUGCCAUCCGCCCGAGCUCCACAUCGGCGAGCAUCAGGGCUCACUUCUCAGACAUGAUCCAUGGACUACUUAACCCUGUGAAGGAGGAGCAAGGCACAGCUCUUUUCUUCAGAGGGCAGGCUGAUGCUUUCUUGAGUAACAUCUUCAUCCCUGGGAGCCGAGGAGCAGGGUGGUGACUGCAUUUUACAGGGAAGGUAACCAGUGCCCUGAAGGACAUCCGUGAGGAGGUAGGACCCCAGGCCAAAGCAAGGCUUGCUAAGUGGAAAGUCUCCCUGGGAAAAAAUGCCCCUGCCCUGGGUUCAGAGCUUAUCAGUGAGUCCCAGGGAGAGGAGGUGUUUAAGAAUUCAGUAUCCAUGAGUUAAAACACUCUUGAGUUACAGAGAAGAUUGGAAUAGCCUGAAAAUAAGUUAAUUCUGAAAAUCAGGUCUCAGUUUCUCAUUGGUACAUAGCUCUUCUGGCUCUAUUCUGCUCCCAACACCAGUAGGGACAGUGGUGUUUAAAGUCUGUUAGAUAGGAAGUCACUUUGCCCACCAGCCUUUUGGUGACAUGGUGUUGUCCCUGAACUAAUGAAGUUAGUGCAGACCCUAGAUGUGGAUUUUUAAUUACCAAGUCCUUUAAUCACAUCAAAUCCUUGUCCUGUAAGAGCCUGCCUCAGUCUCUCUCUCUCUCUCUCUCUCUCUCUCUCUCUCUCUCUCUCUCUCUCUCUCUCUCUCUCUCUCUCUCUCCCUUGUCCUUAAUAAUAGAGUGGCCUUUUCAUGAACCCCAGUGGCACUAUUGAUGUCCACAGUCACUGCAGAGCUGUUGGCUCUCUGGCUCAGAAAAAUCUCCAGGGAACAGAGAGAAAGCUGAGUUACCCAAAGUCACUGCUGGAUAGGAAGUCUAUGGGUUUGCCAUCCUUAGGCCAGCAAGGACCUUGGGGAAUCGGGAACGAUGUGGACCAUAUGUGUUAACUAAGCCAAAGACUGACCACCACCCAAAUGGACACACGUUCUUCCAUGAACUAGCUAAAUUUUCUCCUGACGUUCUCACAAACAAAUCAAGAUGGACCCUCGGUGGCUUUGAUUUUUGAGGGCUGCUGCUUCGUCUUGCUAAAUCCACAAUUCUAAAGUAAAUGAACUGUGGCCUUGGUGACAUACCUUCUUUAAUCUCUAGUGUUCAACCUCCCUUUUCCUUGAAAACUUUCAGACAAAUGUACCACUUAUACUGAACUCAGAAUAUUGUUCUUUUUCUUUGAGAAUGUGAAGAUUUUAAAUAGCCAAAGAAUUUUCAUGUGUAAGAGUUAGCUACCUGUAGUAUAUCCUGCUCUUUGAAAAAAAUACCAAAUUGUUGCCUGUAGGGAUAGAACAGGUGAAGGAAGGUGUGUGGGCUUAGCACUCCAAAUUUGUGUUGGUAUCUUCAGUGCUGUAGGAUGUUAUUGUAGGGGACAGAGCGCCCUCUGCUGGAACAACACCUAGAUUAUCUCAGCAAAUUUGUUAUUCAACAAUGUGUGUCUUACUUUUCAUCCAUACCGUUCCCUCAAUAGCGGAGAACUUGGUUAACACUUAUCGAAUGAGGAGAGAAUGUCAUGAACUCUAAAGAAAUGUGGGAGACCUCAAAGCAGUCCUGUUUUAAAACAUCGCUGUGUUCUGUUGCUGUCUGGGAAGAUGCCCCUAGCUGGGAUGCGUGCAGAAUUAUCAGCACAGGUCUGUUUGACUUAGCUCCACCCCCUCAUCAAUAAAAGGAUUUCAUCUGUAUGAAUGUAAAUGGUGUGAAAUACUGAAGUGGUUUUACGUGUACAGAAUCACCUUACUUCCUGCUUCCAAAUUACUGGCAGGAAAUGAUUGUACCAUUUUCUAAUUAGGAGGAGAGUUAGAGGAGGGUGGGGAGGGAGCGCUAUUUUUAUAGUGGGAUAUCCAUAACACUUAGAAAACCUGAAGUCAUUUUGUAUUGUGAAGUUACAUUCCAUCCAUUCCCAGGGGUGGGGGGCCUGGGGUUCUUCAAAACUCUCAUCAGGUGGAAGGAAGAAUUUUCUCAUUUGCAGGGAAGUCUCUUGAGUAUCUACAGUACCAAAUGUGGCAAGCACUUUUGUAACCUGCAGACCAGAACCAGCAAUUAUCAAUUUAAAAGCAGGGGCAGGGAGUAAGGGCAUUUUUUUAACUCUCUGUGUAACACAUUGUGAUUUUUAAAAAACAAUUCCUCAAAGAGUGGAUUUGCAAGUCUGAAAUAACCUAGCAUGACGUCAUAAGUCAGUCUCCAGCAUCACCAUCCCCAUGAGCAAAGGGAGAAUCCAGUGGCUUUAAUUUUCCUCCCUAACAUGAAUUGUGUGCUUCCCCUGUGAAACUCCACAGUUGGUAUUUAUUGAGCUUGGCCACGAGGUCACUUUGGCAGGCCCAUGGGUCAAGUGUAGGAUGGUCUCACCCCUGCGUUUCUCCUCGACUCAUAGUCUGGGGGCAUGAGCCGGGCCUUCCUCAACUUCUUUGCCCUCUGACCCACAAAUCACAAGAACCAACUCCAGGUGGUUUCCAUUUUGGACACGGAGUUUGGUUCACUCUCAUGUGUGGAGAUGUGGUUGUUGUGCGGUCUAGAGGCCCCCCCGCGUACAGUUAGGGCAGUGUGUUAUUUUCUGUUUGUGGUCUGCUUGUUCGUCUCCUUCUUCCCCCACCCUGGGCACCUACCCUACUUCUCUUACGCACUUUAUAUCUCUUUAAAUACACAAGAAACUGGAAGGAAAGGAAGCCCAAGCCCAGCUUUAAAGGAGUCCUCUUCUGAGAGGAAAUGCAGAUUCCGUUUUUGCCUCAUCAUCUUCUCAGUGUGCUGGGAGAGCAUCUACAGCUCGUCUGGUCCUGGGCUGGGGACGAAACAUCAAGGAUGAGAGUUGGAAAUAUUAAAGACUAUUACGUAAAUAAGCACGACUGUGUUCUGAUGUAUGGUCAAAAGAUAUAUCAAGUUUUAAAGAACUUGACAUGAGGAUUGUGACUUCCAGGAAGACCAUUUGUUUGUUUUGUUGUUUUGGUAUUUUUAAUAAAAUGGAAAUAGA